AUGAAAGUCGUUUUUGCAUUGGUACUCGCAGUCCUGACAACGGGAUAUCAUGCAAUUUCUCCGCAACAGAGCACAGCUAGAGAUGUUUUCCCAGAUCUCUAUGAGGCAUCUGUGUUGGAGUUGCAGGAUGGCUUGGAUAAGGGGCUGUUCACCAGCGUUGAUCUAAUCAAGGCAUACUUUGCACGAAUUGACGAAGUCAACCUUCAAGGGCCUGAGCUUCGCGCCAUAAUUGAAACGAACCCGUCGGCGUUGGCCCAGGCGGCGGAAAUGGACGCUGAAAGACAACUGCGCGGAAAAAGAGGCGCGUUACAUGGCAUUCCUAUUCUCUUAAAAGACAAUAUCGCCACUGUUGCUUCCGAAGGGAUGAACACCACAGCAGGUUCAUUCAGUCUUCUUGAUUCCGUAGUUCCGGAUGAUGCUGGCGUAGUCAAAAGGUUGCGCAAAGCUGGCGCUAAAAUCCUUGGCAAAGCCAACCUCUCUGAAUUUGCUCAUUUCCGCGGACGCCUAGCAUCGGGCUGGUCCGGCCGCGGCGGACAAUCGAAAGGUGCAUACUUUCCUGGUGCAGAUCCGUGUGGCUCGUCCUCGGGAUCUGGCAUAGCAGCGUCGAUUGGUCUGGCGGCAGUGACGCUCGGCACCGAGACGGAUGGAAGCAUCACCUGCCCGUCGAGCCAGAACAACGUUGCAGGUAUUAAGCCGACAGUGGGCCUGACAUCAAGGGCUGGAGUAAUACCCAUUUCAUCCCACCAGGACACCGUUGGACCUAUAACGCGUUCGGUGGCAGACGCAGCCAUUGUGCUAUCCGUCAUCGCAGGCAAGGAUCCUAACGAUAAUUUUACUCUGGCACAACCGUCUGUCGUUCCAGACUAUACCCGAGCAUUAAGAAUGGGUGCUCUCGCUGGCAAGCGGAUUGGUGUUCCCAGAAAGGUUUUCCUCGACCCCUCGCUGUCGGGAUUGGAUCAACCAGUCUUGGACGCGUUUGAAAUUGCUCUCGAGACAAUCAAGCUCCUGGGAGCAACUGUGGUGGAUCCCGCUGAUCUUCCUUCGGCGGAGCAGAUUCUGAGGUCCAACAAUGAGACUAUUGUAUUAGACGUCGAUUUUAAGAUUGAACUGAACAGGUAUUUUUCCGGCCUUAUCAAGAAUCCUUCGGGAGUACGCAGUCUUACCGACCUGAUCAAAUUCAACGAUGAUCAUCCCGACCUUGAGGAACCAGCCAAUUUCACCGAUCAGCUGAUAGAAUCCGAGGCCACUAAUGGUUUCGACGAUGCCUACUUUAGCGCUCUAGCAAUCGACCGGGAGCUUGGCGGAAGCAUGGGUAUCGAUGCCGCCAUGAAGGAGUUUGACCUAGACGCGCUAGUUCUACCUUCUCCAGGGUUCACGACGACCAUUGCAGCUAUCGUCGGGUAUCCCAUUGUGACUGUCCCCUUGGGGUUUUAUCCUGACAACACCACUAUCGAAAGUGCUGGUCCUGAGACGGUGUAUCCGGCACCUGGAGUCCCAUUUGGUCUAUCAUUCUUUGCUUCGGCAUUCUCCGAGUUCGACCUAAUUGGUUACGCUUUUGCGUACGAACAGAAGAGUCAAACGAGGCUUAUGAGAAAGGCAUUCCCGGAAGCAAUUCCGUCUACACAGCUCCGGGACGUUAUAGGAAACCGCUUCCGAACCAUGCAUCCAUAG